AUGGCGCUAAGGCAAGCAACUUUGGUGGAGGCUGGGCAAGAGAACGCGGUGGAGCGCGUCCCUGUCGCCCGGGGGCAGAGCGUGAGCCGGCGGUGUGGUUUGCGCUGGGCGGCCGGCCGCGCGGGCAGCGGCGGAGGCACGCAGACGCAGCUGGCCGCUCCGCUCGUGACCCGCGAACCAGGAAGCCGGCGGGCGGAGCCGCGCGGUGGCAGCCGCGGGGAAUGUGGUCGAAGAUGUCGGCUGUGGGCGCGGCGCGCACUGGUCAGCCCAGGUGCCGGAGCACUACUUGCUCCAGCCGCUGCCCUGCGGCUGAGUGCGAGGCAUCACCUUGUUACGGGCAGUAUGCUGGAGCAAGUGAAUAAGUUUGUGGGCGAGAUACCGGUGGCGGAGAGGUGUGCGUUGCGGAUGAUGCCGCUGGCGAGCGCGCCUAACGGAGCGGCGUGGUGUGCUGUUGCAGAGAGCGAGGGGCAGCCGCGCCGGCCGGCCGCCUGCCCUAUGAGCCUGGUGGCCGCGACGUGGGCCAGCGGCUGCAGCAGCGCGCUCCUUGGCGUCGGCGUCGGCGUGGGGCUCCUGCAGCACGGGCCCGCCGCACAUGCCAUGCGCGAGAAGGACUCGUCGCCGCGCAAGAUGCUGCUCGCGUCGGGCGGGCACAGCUCGCCCAAGCAGGCGGCCGUCUACCCGCUGUCGGUGCGCGUGCCCGAGGAGGGCCGCCAGGCUGCCGCGGCCGCGGGCCCGCCCGACCACCACGACCUGCCCUUCGACCUGUCGCGCCACAACGCGGGCGCGGGGGCGGCGGCCGCGGGCGCCGGCGCUGCGGGGGCGGGCGCGGGCGCGCAGCAGGUGGCCGGCGCGCCGCACAUGUCGCCCGCGGGCCACCCGCCGCCGCAGCACGACGAUCAGCCACUCGACCUGCGCCUCGACCACAAGAAGGGCGCCAUCGCCGCGGGGCGCCGCCACCAGGUCGAGGACGAGAACCGCAACGUCAUCGUGGGCUCCCCGUCACCGUCGCCACCCGCCGGACGCGCCUCUUCCGCCUCGUCCGGAGGCAGCGGUGACGAGAACAGAGAACAGAGACAGUCCAGUCCUUCUGCUUCCUCCGUGGCGAACAGCCUCAAAUCCCCCGUGGGCUCUCCCGGCAUAGGCCACUAUCCCGUCUUCCUCUCGCACCAGCCCAUUCACCCUCUAAUGCUGGAGGCGAUGUGCCGUGCAAACAAGGAAGGAGCCGGGGCACGGUUACCUCUCGCCUAUCCAGUCAGCCCCCCUGGCUAUCACUCCCCACGAACUCCCUACGCUUUCCUGAGUCCCAAUUCACUGCUCAACGGCCACUCUUCGCCCACCGGUGUCACGCCAGCGGCCGGGUUCGAAAUGCUGCGCCACCCACUGGCUCAGCAGCAGCAACAGCAACAACAACAACAGCAGCAAACCCAACAACAACAACAAGCCCUAUCCACCAAGCAAGUAACUGUGCCCGCUUCGCCAGUAGGGAACUUCGCCGAAGCUGCCACUGGCGUCCAGACCAACGGAGGAAGUGGCGUCGCAGCAUCAGCGGGCGGAAAAAUUAAGGACCGCUACGCUUGCAAGUUCUGCGGCAAGGUGUUCCCUCGAUCUGCCAAUCUGACACGCCACCUACGCACACAUACGGGGGAGCAGCCGUACAAGUGCAAGUAUUGCGAGCGCUCCUUCAGCAUCUCGUCCAACCUGCAGCGGCACGUGCGCAACAUACACAACAAGGAGAAGCCGUUCAAGUGCCCGCUCUGCGAUCGCUGCUUCGGCCAGCAGACCAACCUAGACCGCCAUCUGAAGAAGCACGAGGCGGACGGACCCACGAUCUUGGACGAACAGCAGCAGCAGCAGCACGCGCGCGUGUUGGGCCCUCUGGCGGAGGACGCUUGCUUUGAGGAGAUCCGCUCGUUCAUGGGCAAGGUGACGGCGGACGGCCGGCUGGUGGCACCGCCCGCGCUGGCCGCCGCGCAGCUGCGACACGCCGCCGCCGCAGCUGCCGCCGCAGCUGCAGCUGCGGGGGCGUCGGGCGGCGCUCACUUCUCGCCGCUGGCGCCGCUGCACCGCCUGCACGCCGACCAGCUGGGCCGACGCUGCAUCACGCCGCCGCCCUUCGACGCGUCGGCUGCUGCGCGCUGCGCCAACACCGACGCGGCCAAGCUGGGCCGUUCCUUCUCCAGUAGUGACAAGGACAAUAUGUCUUCCAGAUCGUCGUCGUCCUCGCUGGCUGGGUCGUCACUGUCUCCUCCACGAGUCUCUUCGCCCAAGGACGAUGUCCCUCACAAGUCCCCCGCCAACGACACGACUACCUCUGCACAGGAGGACCGUCCGUCCUCUAACCCACCGUCCAACAAUGGCAGCAGUCAUGCUGAAAACAUCGCAGAACCGUCGCCACCACCAGCUUCGCCCAACAACAAUACGUGA